AUGCGAACGCCACGACAAGUUCGGUCCCAUGCUAAUGAGCUCUUUGAGUAUCAAGUUUGGACGGGUUAUCGCGUCGCGUUGGGUCAGCUCAAUGUGUACCAUGCUGGGAGGUCGACGACAAAAGUUGUCGAAGUUAAUAACUUGCCGCGGUUGCCAUGA